CAGCCACGCCAGCCGCAGAUGGGACGAGACUUCAGCAGAUCCAGAACCCACGAGAAUAAAGCGACAGCCACCGCCAAGUCGGAAGAUGGAUGAUUACGACGACAGCGAGGUCUCCAAGCAUCCGAGCAAAAGACUCAAGUCAAAUGAUCAUGACACCGGAAACCCCACCAGAUCACGAAACCUCAUAGAGCCAGUUGGAAACUUUGCCAGCUGUCGAGUGUAUCCAUUACCCACGUUCGAAGGGCUACCGCCGGAGAUCCGACUGAGAAUAGUCGAGUCUGGGCUCGGCUUAGAAGACCUUCGCGCAGCUGUCCGCGCCUCGCCCGCUCUGUAUCGGCAGUAUCGGCUUGCGGAUCGUAGGCUGAUGUUGCGAGCCGCUCUUCACACAUCGCUCGGGCCUGCUAUUGUCGACAUGUGGGCCGCCCACAAGGUUGCGAAGAUUGACCUUGGCACCCCCGAUAGUCCUGGUACAAAGACGGACUCAGAGAGGAUCGUUACAUUCAUGACAAAGUACAUAGAGCUUCGAGAUUCAUGGCCCCAUGGAACAUUUCUCGAAGAACAACUGCGCACUGAUAAUCUGGUCGAAAUGAGCAACUGGUACCUUUCCGUUGUCAAGCCUUUACUAGAUUACUUCUCCCGCAUCUUCCUCAGCGACCUCCGCAGACAACUGAACAAAUCAGUUACAACACGCUCUGGGAGUUGUGAGGUACUAUCUAACGAGUCGUCGUCCACUUUUGGGAAUGAGCAAAGUCAACCAUCCGACUCCUGGCAUGCGCCGUACGAAGACGGCGAGCAAGUUGACGGCGUGACAGCGCAAGAGAAAGCCAAUAUCGAAUCUACCCGCAAAGAAUAUCGUCAAAAGCCGAUGACAAAGUCUGAAACCGUCCGUCUUACCCGCGCGCUGUAUCGCGUUCAGCUGUGGUGUAAUAUUUACGGUUUCGGAGCCUUUAGCUCUGGAAUGGGCCCAACCAGGUCACCUGUGGAUACUCUUCCCUGGCAAAUGGUUUGCAUGUUCCAUGAGACUUUCGAGGCAUGGGAGGUCGAAGAGAUGCUCUGCAUCUACCAACACAUGCUGAUCAUUGUCGAACGCCUCUUCAAGAAUACGAGAAAAGCGCUAUUCCAAUACGAUGAGCAGCACAAAGGGGAACUUCGACUUUUUGCCAACGGUGACGCUCGGCACAGUUACAAAAGUUAG